AAUGACAUAUUUGUCAUUAUAAUAUUUAGGCAUUUUUUGUCAUUUGAAUAUUAAUAUCAAAAUAUAUUUUCCUUUGCGUCUCAAUUUUCAAUAAGUAACAUUAGAAUGUGAAAUAUGUGCGAUUUUUACAAUUCCGAUAAUGUGUUUAAAAAAUUCAAAGUUGUAGAGUUCCCUACAUCGUUUGUCGGCCUGGCUACAACACAAGAAUUAGAUGUCGAAAUUGAUCUUAACACACGUGCUUAUCUCAAAACAAUGCACGAUGGAUCAUUAAUUAAACUGAAUGACGCUCGUGAAAUCUCUGCUUCUCACAGAGCCUUCGACAUCACACAAAUUAAUAGCCAUGUUAUACAAAUCACUUUUAUUCCUAAAACUGAAUGUAUAUCCAGAGCUAAACGUAAAAAACAGUCGGACAACAGAUUUGUGUUUGAUUUGCGCCUAAUUAAGGUGGAUGGCGUGAACUGUUGUGAUAACGAAUUGCAUUCUGAAAUUGGAAGAUAUUACAUAAGUGGACAAUUUGAAUAUUGUAAAAUUGCUCAUCAUCCUAAAGUAAUCAGUUUCGGUGAAGUGAUUAUGAAUACUGUAGUAAAAAAAUAUUUACGUAUACGAAAUGAAUCUAACGUAAUCGCAGCUAAAGUACAAUAUGUAAGGAUGCCAGGAUUUGAAGUGGCACCUGAAAGAUUUACUAUACUUCCAAAUUCUUCUAAGCGAAUAUGUGUAUCAGUUAAACCCAAUUGUCUAAAAGUGGGUAAUACGCUUAUAUUUAAAAUCACAAAUCCGCAUAGCGUAUUAGACGAAUCAUUUAAUAGUAAAAGUGAAAAUGCUAACUAUAUCAAGUAUCUUAUUUCUACUGAAUUAAAUGUAAUUGUGCUAGGAAGACUUCGAGACGUAAAAAUAGAAUCAAUGCAUAAGCUCAUUGAACAAGACAGAAAGUAUACAUACGUACAGGAAGAGUUACAUAUCCAUCAACAAAGAAAAGAAGUAGCUAACCAGCAAUUACAGGUUUGCAAGUCAACAUAUGCAAAAAUGCCACUUAAAGAAAAUUUUAGUACAAAAAAAGAGAAAUGUUAUUUAGAAGCACAGCUGAAGGCGAAAAAAAUGCCGGAUGACUUUUGUAAAAAACUUCGUCAAGGACUAACUCCUUAUGACCUUUUCGACAUUUUGUUUCUACCUUUUUCUAUAAACUUUGGUAGAGUAGGAUUGUCCACAUGUGGCGAACAAGAUGUGAUAAUUAAAAAUAAGACGCGACUCGAUUUGAACUUAGCAUAA